AUGUUCGCCCUCCGCCGCUCCGUCGUCCCCGUCUCGCGCUCUGUCCGCGCCUUCUCCGUCUCGCCCAUGUCGCUCAAGGGCAGCAAGGAAUGGCUAGGGCUUGGUCACGAAGAUGAAUCGCCGGAUGAGCUUUCUCGACCGCUCGCCGACUCCAAGGAGGCCGCCUUCGCCGCCGCCGCCGAUGUCGAGGAGUACGAGAGGUCGUUCGGCGAGGGUGCCUCUGAGAACAAGGCCAACGACACCGCCCAGAACAUCGCCAACAAGAUCGAGGACGCUGCCAAGAAGGCCGCCGCCGAGGCCGACGCCCAGGUCCAGUCGUACCAGGACGCCGAGCUCGGUCUCCCCCAGAGCAACCCCCUCAAGAAGGACAAGUAA